CGGCGGAGUUUAGCUGAGGCUGAGCUUCAAUCCGCUACGGCGCGCCAUCUGUGGUCAAUGCUCACGCGCUACGCUGUCUCUUUUUUAAAAAGCAUUCUUAAUCAUUUUCGGAGUUUCCACUGGCAAACUUUACGCAGACACUUUGCAAGCAGGUAAGCUCGGGAAGAGGGCAUCGAGAAGAAAGAAACUAAACGUAUUGUGGAAGCGCUGAUGCGUGACCUGACGACGCCACUUUAUAUUUGCUGCUAGUCCGUUAAUACUAACGCGAGAUUGUUGAACCUGCUGAGCGCGCACCUCGCAACUUCCAAGCGCGCUGCAGUUUUGAGCGGCGGUUGUUUGGAUUUACCGACUGCGCAACAUUCUUCAACCCACUCGAAGAAGAAGAAGGAAACAGUUUAAAAGUCGAGGAUGUUAUGGUUGUCUGACCAGUAAGAUGGAUAACAUGACAAGCCGACGCUGUCGGCCUCAGGUGUCAAUGUCUCGAAGCCCGUAUCUGUGUGCCCUCCUGUCUGCGCUCCUUCAUAUCUGCUCCGGUCAGGUCCACAACCUGAGCUUGUCCGUAGAAGAAGGACUCUCAGUCGGGACUAUAGUGGGUGAUAUACGAGCCGGACUCCCAAAAGAGACGACCAGUAGUGGAUUUUUCAUUUCUGAAAGCAGAGAUUCCUAUGUAUUUCGCGAUCUGGAGAUUGAUGGAGACACCGGGAUCAUAACUACUGCGAAGGUGCUGGACAGAGAAAGCGUGGACAGAUACGCGUUUGUGGCAGCCACGUUAGCUGGAGAGAUGGUCCAGGUGGAGAUUGUGGUUACUGAUAUAAACGACCAUUCCCCUGUGUUUGCCAGGGAGAGGACACAACUGAAUAUUUCCGAGCAGAGCCCACCUGGGACAAGAUUUCAUCUUGAAGGAGCCAUAGAUUUGGAUGAGGGGCCAUUUAGCACCCAGGGUUACCAGAUAACAGAAGGAAAUGCAGGAGACAUGUUUAACUUAGAAUAUAAACGAGGUGAUAAUAAUGCCCUUAACCUCUGUCUUAUCUUGAUGGGAAAAUUGGACAGGGAAGUCACUGAUUUCUACUCUUUAGAAAUGGAGGCAUUUGAUGGUGGAAGCCCCUCCAAAAUGGGAAGUAUGUGGGUAGACAUUAAUGUCUUGGAUGAAAACGAUAACCCCCCGGUGUUUAAUCAAAGUGAAUAUCUGACAUAUAUUUGGGAAAACGCACCAGUGUCCACUUCUGUCUGUCAGGUGUCUGCUACUGAUCAAGACACUGGAAACAAUGGAGUCAUCUUUUAUUGGAUUAACCGACGGCAAAGUGAUCCAGGUGAGCUUUUUGCGAUUGACAACAGAACUGGCCUUAUUACUCUGAACAAACCUUUGGACUACGAGACUCAGCCAUACCAUGAGCUGAUAGUUCAAGCACAGGAUGAUGGUGCUCAGCCAGAGCUUGGUAGUACAUUUGUCCUCAUCAAAGUUUUGGAUGUCAAUGACAAUGCCCCUUCCAUUGACAUCAUGUUUCUGAGUGAGUCUGGCGACUGUGAGGUCUCUGAAGGGGCUGCACUAGGGGACUAUGUUGCCAGGAUAUCAGUGUCCGAUCCAGACCUUGGUGAUCACCAGAAAAUUCAGGUGUCCCUGGAAGGUGGAAACGGUCAAUUUAUUUUGAAGACAACAUCAGGUUCAAUUUACUUUCUAUGUGUUAAUGGAAAUUUAGACAGAGAGACAGCAGAUCUAUAUGAGCUUAAGAUUGUUGCCUCUGAUUAUGGAACCCCAAUUCAAUGGAGUGAAGAGAUAUUUCUACUUAAGGUCACUGAUGUCAAUGAUAAUCCUCCAGUGUUUGACCACCAAGAGCUUACAGUAAAUAUAUCAGAAGAUGUACCCCAGGGAACCGCCUUUCUCCAAGUUCACGCUAAAGACUCAGAUGAAGGAAUCAACUCUGUUGUCCACUAUGCAAUUCUGAACAUUGUUCAUAAUUUUCAUUUUAAUAUUAACUCCAAGUCUGGCCUGAUAACCACAGCAUCUCACUUAGAUCAUGAAGAAGAACCCAUCAUCCAUUUUGUGGUUGUGGCUACUGACUCUGGACACCCAACCUUGUCAUCGACAGCCACUGUUACAGUCGUGGUUGGAGACAUCAAUGACAAUGAACCAGUCUUUGAGAGACAAGUCUAUAAAGCCAGGGUUAAGGAGCACUCACCUGUCGAUGGCUGUUUUCUUCAGGUUGUAGCGUCUGAUAUGGAUAGUGGCAAGUUUGGAAAACUUACAUUCUUUUUAUAUGAUGGAUUCACUAAGCAAGAAAAAUCCUCGAUGUUUAGAAUUGAACCAGACACUGGGAAGGUCUGUAUAGCCCAGGAUAUUGACAGAGAAAAUGGAUUGUCAAGUUUUGAUGCAAUUGUCAAAGCUGAAGAUGGGGGUGGAUUGAGUAGCCAAGCAUUUCUCCACAUAGAUGUGGAUGAUAUUAAUGACUGCCGACCGGAGUUCAACCCUUUAAUGUAUGUUACAAGUGUAAGCAGCCAUACACAGCCCGGAACUGAAGUUAUCAAUGUUAUCGCUUCUGAUGGAGAUUCUGGGAGCUAUGGACAAGUAUUUUACAAACUUGUUCCUGGAGAAUGGUCAUCGCUUUUCACAAUUGACUCAGAAACAGGUGUAGUGUAUUUGAAAUCUACUUUAAACCACCUUGGAUCAACUAUUUUGAAAGUAUCUGUGACAGCACAGGAUGGAGGUGGCCUGAAUUCUUUGCUCAAUGCCGUUAUUACAAUGAACAUCUUGCAAAGUUCUGUUGUUCCUGCAGUAUUUGAGAGAACAAAGUAUUUAUUUGCUGUUCCUGAAAAUGCCAAGAUUGGAACACCAGUGGGAACAGUUCAGGCAACUAACCCAUCAAGUUCAGUUGACUUGCUCACAUACAGGAUUUCAUCAGGCAAUCCAAACAGUCUUUUCACCAUCCAUCCCCUGUUUGGGUUGAUCAGCACCAGUCAGCCUUUGGAUCAUGAAAGUCAUCCUUACAUCAUUCUCAUUGUACAGUCUCAGAUGGGUAGCUCUCCUGUGUAUAGCAGCACACAGGUGAAUAUAACCAUCACUGACUUGAAUGACAAUGCUCCAUUUUUUCAUAAGGAAUCUGAAACAAUUUGGAUAUCCUGUAACACUUUAUCUGGAACUGUUCUUUUUUUGGCUCAUGCAGAGGACAGAGAUAGUGGACUUAAUGGAAAGGUCAAAUAUUCUUUACAAGAGGACACCGAAAGUGUAUUCAGCAUUCACCCUUGGCACGGAAUGGUUUACCUAAACAAAAACAUUUCCAAGAACACCCACACCCAAUUUAUUGUAGAUAUCAUAGCAGAAGAUUUAGGAAACCCUCCUCUGAGCUCACCAUUCACUCUUAUUGUCAAAGUUGACUGUACCAAAACAGAAGACAUCUUGACUUUUGAGACUCUUAUUUAUCAAGCUGAAGUAAAUGAGAAUACUCAGGUGGAUAGCCUAGUCAUACAAGUCCAUGCACAUGGCCAGAGUCCUCAGACCUAUCCCGACGUUAUCUAUUCACUACACUCAGUUUCUGGCAAGGCUGCUUUUGGUAUUCAUGCAGACAGUGGUUGGAUUUAUCUCCGUACUGGCCUAGACUUUGAAUCUGUUCGUAAUUACCGUUUCACUGUGUCAGCCAGAGCCCAAGAACACAAUGCAUCUGCUAUUGCCAUAGCUACUGUUAUUAUCAAUGUCCUGGAUGAUAAUGAUAAUGCACCUGUUUUCUCUCAAGACUUUUAUUUCUUCACCAUUCAAGAAGGUCCUGUACCUCACGGACUAAUUGGCUCUGUGAAAGCAACAGAUCUUGAUUCUGGAAGAAAUGCCCAGCUUUCCUACAUCCUCUUAUCAGAUGGUAAACACUUCCGGAUUAAUUCCAACACAGGAGAAAUUGUUAAUUGGGUUGCUUUGGAUCGUGAGCAGAGUAGUCAACAUACUCUUUGUGUUCUGGUGUCAGAUCAUGGACUUCCACGUCACAAUGCCUCUGUUACCGUCUAUGUCCUUGUUACAGAUAUUAACGACAAUCAUCCCCAGUUUGCCCACCUACUAUUGGAAAAGGAACUUUCUGUACAGGUGUGGGUAGACAGUCCUGCAGGGACUGUGGUUGCCAGUCUUUUCGCAAAAGAUCUUGAUGCUGGGGAGAAUGGAACUGUCCUCCACAAGUUUUCUCCAGAUGAUGACUUAGGAGAUUUUGAAAUAGACAGUUUAAGUGGUGAAAUCAGAAUUGCUGAAAAUUUUUAUCGAAGACCUCGACGUCACUACAAGCUUACUGUUAUUGCUAGGGACAUGGGAGCCAUGCCCCUGGAAAUGUCUGCCGUAGUUCAUAUAAUGGUUGUUCAUGCAGAGAAAAUGAGGUUUUACAAUUUCAAUCACAUAUUCAGGCAUUUCACUGUUAAAGAAGAUUCCAGGCCUGGAGAUUUUAUUGGCACAGUGUUAACAGAUGAAUCUAAUAGAGAAGAUGAACAUACUAUUGUAGAAAGUGACAGCAGCUUCCAUUUUGCAAUACAAAAAUCUACAGGCGACUUAUACCUCGCUCGUGAACUGGAUUUUGAAAUAACGUCACACUACUUUUUCAAAGUGAUCUCCAAGGAUCCUAGUCAGUUUCCCAUGCAAAAUACUUCAGUUUUUGUGAGCGUGACCGUGCAAGAUGUUAAUGACCAUACACCUCGGUUUUUAGAUGACUUUAUUGUUAUUGGAAUAAAUGAGAAUUUACCAUUGGGUACUAUAGUCUUUACCUUUAAUGCUAAAGAUGGUGAUGGAAGCUUGUACAACAGUGCUUUACAGUAUUCUAUAACGUCAAAUAUCAGAAACGAUAUUCCCUUUUAUAUAGACCCUUCAAAAGGCACACUGACAACCAAUGGGUCAAUUGAUAGGGAGGAGUUGCAACUGUUCAUUCUUCAGGUGACCGCCACGGACUUUGCGGUUAACCCACAGGACCAGAGGUCCUGCUCCCUGACAGCAAAGAUCAUUAUUCUAGAUGACAAUGACAACAGCCCUAUAUUUGUUACCCCUCACAUUACCUACAUCUUGGAAGAUGCAGAAAUUGGAUCGCUGGUACAUCACAUUAUUGCACGGGACAGUGAUGUAGGAAGAAACGGGAGGGUAUCUUACAGCAUUCUUCUUGGAAAUGAGUUAGGAGUCUUUGCAUUGGAUGAAACAGCAGGUUUCCUCUCACUAGUUUCUCGUCUGGACUAUGAGACCAUUAACACCUAUAUCCUUCAUAUAGUGGCGUAUGACUCUGGAGAUCCAGCUCUGUCCUCUACACAGACUCUUACAGUUUCAGUUAUGGAUGUUAAUGAUGUGGCACCAGUUUUUGAGAAAUCGUGCUAUAAUGCCACUGUACCUGAAAAUCACAGUCCUAGUGAAUUUGUACUGAAAAUUGCAGCCUCCGAUGGAGAUUCAGAGAUGAAUUCUGGUAUAUGCUUUAGCUUGCUUCCUGGACCAGGGUAUGAGUAUUUUAAAAUAAAUUCACAGACUGGUGUGAUUAGUACAAGUGUAAUGCUGGAUAGGGAACUUCAGGAAAGCUACGUCCUCAAAGUUAUAGCUCGCGAUAGUGGCAUCCAUGUUCUGUCUUCUACUGCCACUAUCUUCUGCACUGUUCUUGAUGAUAAUGACAAUGCACCAGAAUUCAUGAUUCACGCUUUUCAAGUGAACAUUCCAGAAAACCAAGAACCAGGAAUGAUUUAUACGGCUUUGGCUACUGACAGAGAUGCUGGAGAGAAUGGUACCAUUAUAUACAGUCUGGUUGGUGACAGCACUUAUGAUUUCUUUACCAUUAAUGUCUCAACUGGCAUAGUUAGUGCAACUAAGAAAUUAGACAGGGAAGAAAGAAACAAUUACACAAUUAUCAUAGAAGCCCAUGAUUUGGGGUCUCCCCAGGAGACGGCCACUAUGGAACUUUUAAUAAAUAUUUUAGAUGAGAAUGAUAACAGCCCAGUUUUCAGCCAAAGUCAUUACUGGACAUCAGUUAGUGAAAACCUGGAAGCAGGAUCUGUGGUUUUGACUCUGACAGCCACUGAUGAAGACACAGGCACUAGUGGUGACAUUAUGUAUUCACUCAGUAAUGAAGCACGAGGCAUUUUUAUUAUUAACAACACCUCUGGUGUUGUGUCAACUACCAUGGCUCUGGACAGAGAGUCCAAAUCACAGUAUAUUUUUAAGGCUAUUGCCAGUGACUGUAGUACCCAAGGACCAAAGAGCACAGCUGUUGACAUUCUGAUUGAUGUAGAAGAUGUCAAUGACAAUGCACCCGUCUUUAUUCAGAACCCAGUCAAUGGUCAAGUGACAAAGGACACUAUUCUAAACCAGAUUAUUACUACAGUUCAAGCUUAUGAUAGUGAUUUAGGCCUAAAUGGGACAGUUAGCUUCAGCUUUGCAAAACCAGAAUCAGUUUUUGAUAUUAACAGUCAGACUGGAGAUAUUUGGCUAAAGAGCUCAUUGCCAGGUGGACAGCUUGGUACAAAGGUCCUGCAAGUGAUUGCUGCAGAUCAGGGAAAUCCCAUUCUGUCUUCUUCUGGACUUGUCUUUGUUCAUUUAUGGACUGAAGAGGCUGCAAUCAGUUUUAGUGAGAAUGACUAUGAAGCUACAAUACAGGAAAAUUGUGCAUCCGGUUCUUUGGUUACCACUGUCGCUGCCUAUUCUUCUGAGGAUGAUACAAGCAAAUUAAAAUACAGCAUUUUUAGUGGAAGUGAUAAUGGAGCUUUCAGCAUAGAUUCAGAUACUGGGAGCAUUUAUGUAAAAGACAACAAAAAGCUUGAUUAUGAAGCAUUAAAUAAGAUCCAGUUUGUGGUGCUUGCAACAAGUGCCAUACACAUUUCACACUGCACAGUCACUGUCACACUUGAAGAUGUGAAUGACAAUCCUCCAAGAUUUGAAGAAGGUUCUUAUAAAACAGCUGUAUGGGAAGGGCAGAUCUUCUACACUUUUGUCAUGCAGGUUUCUGCCAGUGAUGCUGACAGUGGUCCCAAUGGGCAGACAGAGUAUUACAUUCUUUCUGGAAACCAAAAUGAAGCAUUUGUCAUAGAUUCUACCACAGGCAUCCUUUCAACAAAUACUAUCUUAGAUCGAGAAAUUGUUCCUUAUUAUGAACUUAUUCUUCAUGCUGUUGACAAGGGGAGGCCACAACUUACAGCUUCCACUACUAUCAUAAUAGAAGUUGUCGAUAUUAAUGAUAAUGCUCCAUCUAUUCCUCCAAUGGAGCCAGCAGAGGUGGUGGAAAAUCUUCCUGCAGGAUAUUUUGUUACCAAAGUAUCAGCUAAUGAUGUGGAUCUUACACCAUGUUUGACAUACAGUUUGACAAAGCAUGGAAAUCCUGGAAAUAAAUUUGUGAUUGAUCGUUAUACUGGUGUAAUCUCAUUGGCUGAGGCCUUGGACUAUGAAGAAAACAGCCAUUACACGGUGCAAAUCGUGGUUUCAGACUCCAUACAUGAAACACAAGCUGAACUGAUAGUUCUUGUACUUGAUGUGAAUGAUAACCCUCCUAUUUUCACACAAAAUUUAUAUCAGAUUACAUUGCCUGAAGAUACUCCUGUGGACUCCUAUGUUCUCACAGUGUCAGCUAUUGAUAGAGAUUCAGGGCUUAAUGCUGAAAUAUCUUUCCGGCUUUACUCAUCUCCAUUUAAAGGAUUUUACAUCAGCUCUGAAAAUGGUUCUAUAUACACCAGUAAACCUCUGCGGUACUUAACAGACAGCACCACGGUUGUGCUCAUAGUGGAAGCCCAAGAUGGUGGUGAUCCAGUUUUAACAGCUGUAACGUCUGUGGAAAUACAUAUACAAGAUGUGAAUGAUCACGUACCCCAUUUCAUGCAGGCUGCAUACCAGAUAAAUAUCCCAGAAGAUGCUAAAAUUGGAGACACGGUCCUUUACGUAACAGCCCUGGACCACGACCUGUCCCUUCAAAAUUCUUACCUUGACUACAGUAUUAUAAGUGGAAAUGAACAGGGAACAUUUUGCCUUGAGACCAGUGUGAUUCCAACUGACAGCCAUUAUAAAAUCAUUGGCAAUCUUUUAAUGUGCAAGCCACUGGACCAUGAAAAAUCAAAAAGUUAUAAUCUGGUAGUCCUGGCCUCUGAUCGAGGAACACCUCAGCUAAAUGCUUCUGCAGUUGUGUCAGUAUCAGUUUUGGACAGUAAUGAUAAUCCCCCAGUCUUCAGCACUUCUGAGUACUUCAUGGAGAUCAGUGAAAGUGCUGCAGUUGGAAGCAGGCUAGGUCAGGUUUCAGCUCACGAUGCUGAUGAAGGCAUAAAUGCAGAAAUAAGCUAUCUGAUUGUUUCCGGGAAUGACAGGGGUCACUUCAGAGUGGAUUACAGAACUGGAAGUGUUGAACUAAAGCAUAGUUUGGAUUAUGAAGAUACCAGUAGGUUUACUUUAACUGUCCAGGCUACUGACAAUAGUUCGAAAGGAAAAUCAAAUACUGCUUUUGCACUGGUUUUUGUGAAUGUGCUAGAUGAAAAUGAUAACGCUCCAUACUUUGGAUUUCCAACUCUCAAUUGUACCAUUUUAGAAAACCAACCUGCCUCUACUCCAAUAUGCUCACUCCAUGCAUUGGAUCGUGAUUCUGGCCCAUAUGGGCAUCUAACAUAUUCCUUGUUGUCCUCCUGUUCUGCAGAUUAUAGCAUCUCAAACAAAAAUCAAUUUUUUUCUGUAGAUACAAUAAGUGGCGACAUUCAUUCUAUGAAAACUCUUGAUUAUGAACAAGAAAGCCAGUACUGCUUUGUUGCCCAAGCCAAAGAUAAGGGAAAUAAAACAGCAACAGUUCAAGUCCUUAUAGAUGUUGAAAGUGUUGAUGAGUUCAGUCCUGUCUUCCUUCAAGAGUCAUACUAUUUUGUACUGCCUGAAAACUGUGAAGUGGGACAAAAUAUUGGUCAUGUGUCAGCAGUGGAUAAGGAUGAUGGGAUAGAUGGCGUGGUACUGUACUCACUGGUCUCACCAUCUCACUUUUUUUCAAUAAAUCAAACCAAUGGAACCAUUUACUUGUCUGCUACAGUGUACAGAAUGAAAGGCAGCGCUAGAAAGAGUGAAGACCUUAUAGAGUUCUUUGUGAAGGCAAGUAGCCCUAAGCUGGACUCAAGAUCUACCAAUUGCUUAGUAGUUGUGAACAUCUCAAGCUCUGCUCAAACAUUUUCAUGGUUUCAAAUAAGUAACCCGACCAUCAACAUCACUGUGUCCGUUGGUGCCUUUUUACUCCUAGCCAUGAGUACUGUGAUGCUCAUUCUAAGGCAUAGAAGGAGGAGAGGGGCGGCAAGAAAGGACUGUAUAGAUUACGCGCCUCCAACAUUAAAUAACAGCAUUUCAGAUAAUUUGGAGAAAACCAAUAAUCACGUUCAGAGACAAAUUAAUCUUGAAGAUUUCAAAACCCAGAUGGACAUCAAAGGUAAUAAAGAGAUGGCACAUCCCAGUAGACAUUCUGCAUCAAGUGGAUGUGGAUCUGCAGAAGGAGAAAAUGCUGAGGAUGAAGAGAUUAAGAUGAUCAAUCAGCAUCCGUGCCGGAAGGAGUCAGGAUCCGCACUCAGUGAAAGAGAAUCCAGAGUGCCAGACUCUGGGAUCCCCCAAGAUUCCGAUCAGUUUUCCUGCCAGUCAGAGGAAGGAGAUCUAGACAUUCCCAUCCCCGAAGAUAUUGCAGAAAUGACGAGGAAUAUUCACAUAUUUAAUGAAGACAGAGGAAAGUAUUCCAAUCAGAACUAUCCUGUUACUAUAUGUAAACGAAUUCCCAGUGUAAAUGUUAAAGGCAAAUAUUUCACCCCAGACAAUAAGAAUGUCUUUCAAACAAAUGUACAAAAUUCUGUGGGGGAUUCCCUUGCUUCACUGAGCAGUGCCGAUGAAGAAUUCGGUGGCAGUUACAGUUGGGAUUACUUGCUAAAUUGGGAGCCCAAGUUUCAGCCUCUUGCCAGCGUGUUCAGUGACAUUGCCAAGCUCCAAGAUGAAACUUUGCAAAAACGGAACACAGCAGAAGAAACCAAGGGAUUAAUUUACCCUCCUCCAUUAAUUACUUCAGUGGCCCAGCCAGGAAUUAGGACAGUUCCACCGCGGCUUCCCACAUUCAUGAGUAGAACAGCCUUUCCCAAAUAUGCCCAUUCUCCACUUUCUGAGAAUUUAGGACUCAUGGCUUCGGUAAUGACACCAAGCUUUUCUCCUUCCUUGUCAUUGCUUACUGCAAAAACACCCUCAUCCUCUCCGGUCAUGUCAGAGGUUAGACAUCCUGGACCAUCGAAAGCUGUGCUACAGUCAAUGAGGAGAGAUGAGAUGCACGUAUAGCUUACAGUACUUUAGUUUUAAGGUUAUAUUUCACAGUUCUUGAAAUGUUUAUUCCAUCCCCUUCUCAUUUGUGGCCCAAGUUAGGCCUUUUUUUGUAAUAUAUGUAUAAAUUAUUUUUUUCAGUGUUGGAGAAACUAAUAAAUAAUUUGGUUAAUAAA